AUGGUUAAUCCUGUAAAGAAGGUUAAGAUUGUCAAGAAGCGCAUUAAGCCUUUUAUCAGGCAUCAAUCAGAUCGAUAUAAAUCCGUAAAGGGUAUUGAUAAUCGAGUUCGACGUAGAUUUAAAGGACAACUUCCAAUGCCAAAGAUUGGUUACGGUUCAAAUAAAAAGACUCGUCAUUUAAUGCCUAAUGGAUUUAAAAAAUUUCUCGUAUCUAAUGUUAGAGAAUUAGAAUUAUUACUUAUGCAUAACAAAACAUAUGCUGCCGAGAUUGCUCAUAACGUAAGUUCAAGAAAGAGAAUUGCAAUAAUUGGAAGGGCUCAACAAUUAAAUAUUAGAAUUACCAAUGCUAAAGCUCGCGUUAGUACUCAAGAAGUUGAUUAA